GUCGUUUGUCUUAGGAUGUGCACUUGGAGUUUUGAAGGAAGAAGAAAAGGAUAUAACCCAUUUUCACUAAGAUAUGUGGUGUUCGGAAUCGCGCUUCCGCCAUCUUUCCAGCUUCAGUCGGACAGGCGCGGAGAGUCUUCUGCAAGGAUCGCCGCGAUGGCCGCCCAGGGAGAGCCGCAGGUCCAGUUCAAGCUCCUCCUGGUGGGCGACGGCAGCACCGGGAAGACGACGUUCGUGAAGCGCCACUUAACGGGCGAGUUCGAGAAGAAGUAUGUAGCCACCCUGGGCGUGGAGGUGCACCCGCUCGUCUUCCAUACCAACAGAGGGCCCAUCAAGUUCAACGUGUGGGACACAGCCGGCCAGGAGAAGUUCGGGGGCCUGCGCGAUGGCUACUACAUCCAAGCCCAGUGUGCCAUUAUAAUGUUUGAUGUAACAUCAAGAGUCACUUACAAGAAUGUACCUAAUUGGCAUAAAGAUCUGGUACGGGUGUGUGAAAACAUCCCCAUUGUAUUGUGUGGCAAUAAAGUGGAUAUUAAGGACAGAAAAGUGAAGGCAAAAUCUAUUGUCUUCCACCAAAAGAAGAAUCUUCAGUACUAUGACAUUUCUGCCAAAAGUAACUACAACUUUGAAAAGCCUUUCCUCUGGCUCGCCAGAAAGCUCAUCGGAGACCCUAACUUGGAGUUUGUUGCCAUGCCUGCUCUUGCCCCACCUGAAGUGGUCAUGGACCCAGCUUUGGCAGCACAGUAUGAGCACGAUUUAGAGGUUGCUCAGACGACUGCCCUCCCGGAUGAGGAUGAUGACCUGUGAGAAAGCGAAGCUGGAGCCCUGCGUCAGAAGUCUAGUUUUAUAGGCAACUGUCCUGUGAUGUCAGCGGUGCAGCGUGUGUGCCACUUAUUAGCUAAGCAGAUCGUGUACUUCAUUGGAUGCUGAAGGAGAUGAAUGGGCUUCGGAGUGAAUGUGGCAGUUAAAACAUACCUUCAUUUUUUUUUGGACUUUCAUAUUUAGCUGUUUGGAACACAGUUGUUUCCUUCCUGAAUUUCAAAAAUAAGACUGCUACAGUCACAUCACACUAUUCAGUCAGUGGUGAAAUCUUGUUUGUUACUGUCAUUCCCAUUCUUUUUGUUUAGAAUCAGAAUAAAGUUGUAUUUCAAAUAA